AUGCCCUGCCUCGACCUCCAGCGGCCGACCCUCCCGCCGCGGCUCUUCCACCUCCACCUCUCGAAGAUGAACGGCCGGAGCGUCCUGGACCGCGCGCCCGGCGUCACGGGCCUGCCGCGGUGCCCGUGGACGCGAUCGUCGGGAGGCACGAGCACGUUCCGCCGCGGCGACGCGCUGCGCGACCGGCUGCGGUCGGCCGCGGGCACGCGGGCGAGCCGGUGCGUGACGUCCUUCGAGACCCACUGGGACGCCGCCGUCGACAUGGCCAUGGGCGACGGCGGGCCCGCGCCGCUGUUCCUCACGGUGCUCCGCGCGCCGCUCGCCUGGGCCGUGUCCAAGGUCAGGCACAAGACGCGGCGCCACGUCGAGGCCUGCGCGCGCGCCGGCGCCUUCGAGGCGCCGACGCCGCGCUGCGGCGACAUCGACUUCCGGCGCUUCGGGCUGUUGCACCUCGGGCCCCUGGCGCCGGCGGACCGCGUCGCGGGCUGCGACGGCGCGGCGGCGCCGCGCGCGUGGACGGCGCGGCAGCGCAUCGACGUCGCCGUGGCGCGCCUCGAGGCGUCGGUCUUCGGCGUCCAGGAGCACAUGGAGGCGACCUACUGCCUCUGGAAGUACCAGUUCGGCGCGGCGGCGCACGGCACCAAGUUCCGCCGCGAGUGCGACUGCCGCGGCGCGGCGCGGCGCGGGGCCGCGCGGGACGAGGAGCUCCGCAUCGCCGCGGCCAAGCACCAGGAGAACGCGACGCUCGAGUCGUUCCUCCGCGCGGAGCGGGGCCUGGCCGAGUACGCGCGGCUCUACGCGCGCGCCGACGAGCUCUUCCGCGACCGCUGCGACGCCGUCGAGGCCGCGACGUCCGUGAAGCUGCUCUGCGACGACUCCUACGUCGUCUCGCCCGCGCCGACGGCGCCGACGGCGGCGCCGACGGCGCGGCCGGCCCCGGCUCGGAAGGCGGUCGCGGUCGCGAGCGACGGCGCGCGGGCGCCGCGCCGCGCGGCGGCGGGCACGUCCCUCGUCGGCCUUGCGACGAUGGCGGCCGAGCUGGCGAUUCUGGCCGGGCUCGUCGCGGCGUCGCUCUAA